ACACACAGUUUGAAAUGCCCACCCCAGCAACCGUAUCCCCAAAUCUGUCACAGAAUACCUAAAAUAAGGCACAGAAAGACUUAAAAGAAACAUUUUCUAAAAAUAAAUAGAUAAAAAUAAGGAAUGCACAAUAUAAAUCCUAAAAUGGAAAUUGGCAGAGGAAUUUGAGCUGGAAAGCUAUUGAGAUGAAACUGGCAAAUGACUACAGUAUAACUGGUAGCGGAUUGUCGGCAAUUCCCCCGUUAUUUGCGGUGGUCCCGUCUCUUAUCCUGCCCUUUCACGCUCUUUUCUCGUGUCCACUGCGAUGUUCCCGGUCUUGUGCUCAUCAGAAGCAUUUUCCCACGCGCUGGAGCAACACCAGCUCUCAUCGUGUUGCCCUUCAGUAUCUGUUUCGGUGGCUGCCUCGGACGGUACGCGAACGCGGCGACUGUCUGGCAGUGUCACGACUGGACUAGUGCGUUGCGCUCUGUAUUAUAAGCCCAGCAGCAGCAACCUUCCUCCGUUGGAAAGGCCGAACUGGUGGUCAGUGCGCCCCCUGGUGGUUUCCAGCCGUCUGACAUGCCUGACGUCAGGACUGCCCUGUCAGUGGGAUAACAGGGAGCGGGGAAGAGCUCGCUAGCGCGGAAAGUGGAGUCGGGCAAGCUGUGGCCACCAGUACAGAGCGCAGGGAAGUGACCUGCCCAGGAGAAGGAGAGAUAUCGCUGGGGCACCGCAACUUGUUCCACAGUUCCGACCGGUAGCACUCUAGGCGGAUUUACGUUUCUGGAAGAUCUUGGAGUUUGAAGGAGAUUUUUGGACCCAUCCUGAAGCACUCCGGGGACGGGACUCUCAUGUAGGGAAGAAGGAAAACCAUGGCCUUCGGAAGUUUCCUACCGAUUGUUUUGUGCCUGUCAUGUACGCUGGUCAAGGUUUCAAGAGAACUAUUCACAGGAAGCUGUUCGUUUGAUGAACCAUACAGCAAAUGUGGAUACAGCCAAGCAGAAGAUGACGACUUUGACUGGGUGCAAGUGACUGAAAGACAUUCCUCUGGCCAAUGGAUGCCAUCAGGGACCUUCAUAGUGGCAAACACUUCUGGGAGAUACUCUGGGCAGCGUGCUCGCCUUUUAAUGCCUCAGUUGAAAGAAAACGACACCCACUGUGUCAGCUUUAAAUACUAUGUGUUUGCCAGAGAAGGAGCAAAUCCAGGAUCAAUUAAUAUUUAUGUGAAAGAAAAUAAUGUCUCUCAGGGAAGCCCUGUUUGGAAUAUUUCUGGAGCCGCUGCGGACACAAAAAAUAAAGGAGAGCUGGCAGUCAGCAUAUUUUGGCGCAGUGGUUAUCAGGUUAUAUUUGAGGUGGUCACAUCAGGUCAGCAUGGAUACAUUGCUCUCGAUGAUGUAGUUGUUCUGGGACACCCAUGUACCAUGAGCCCUCAUUUCAUUCGUCUCCGUAAUGUAGAAGUGAAUGCUAGACAGACUGCAAAUUUUCAGUGCCAGGCCAGUGGAGAAACGUCAGAGGACAACAGGCUUUGGCUUCAGGGAAUUAAUGGGAGAAGUAUCCCCAGCAAAGAAGUGAAAAUAGAUGGUAACAAGAGACGAUUUAUUGCAGAGUUUGAUGUCGUUAACACAACAAAGCAAGAUGCAGGAGGUUAUCGAUGUGUGAUCCACACAGUGCAGGGUGGAGUCGGAGUGUCAAAUUACGCACAGCUGAUAAUAAAAGAGCCACCUGUUCCAAUUGCUCCACCUCAACUUUUUGCAGUUGGUGCGACCUACUUGUGGAUACAGUUAAAUGCCAAUUCUAUUAACGGAGAUGGCCCUAUUACUGACCGGGAUGUGGAAUAUCGAUCGGUAACUGGAAACUGGUAUGACAAGCAGCCUGUAGACUCUACCCAAUACAAAAUCGGUCACCUUGAUCCAGACACAGAGUAUGAAAUUAGCGUAUUGCUCACAAGACCAGGAAUUGGUGGCACUGGAUCUCCUGGUCCUGCACUGCGGACCAAAACUAAGUGUGCUGAACCCAAACAUGGGCCAAGAAACAUAGAAGUUAUGGCGAUUCGGUCUAAUCAAAUUACCAUCCAGUGGGAACCAUUUGGAUACAAUGUGACACAAUGUCACAGCUACAACCUCACUGUUCAAUACCAGUACCAAGUGGGAGGACAGGAGAAAGUCCAAGAAAAAGUCCUCUGGGAUUCCAGAAGUUAUUCCAGAAAUGAUCGCUUUCAGUAUGUUAUUCAGGACCUCUCACCUUACACAAAUGUCAGUGUUAAACUGAGCCUGAUGAAUCCAGAAGGACGUAAAGAAAGUCAGGAAUUAGUGGUCCUGACAGAUGAAGAUGUUCCUGGUCCUGUCCCUGUGGAAUCUAUUCAGGGAACCACCUAUGAAGAAAAGAUUUCUCUGCAGUGGAGUGAACCAAUUCAGACAUAUGGUGUAAUAACACGAUAUGAGAUCACCUACAAGGCUGAAAGUUCCCUUGACCCUGGAAUAAAUUUAUCUAAUCAGAGUGGAAGAGUGUUUAAACUGGGAAAUGACACACGACACAUGUUUGUCGCCUUGUACCCCGGGACUACUUAUUCCUUUAACAUCAAGGCCAGCACAGCAAAAGGAUUUGGACAUUCUAGCACAAAAAGAUUUACCACAAACAUAUCAGCGCCGUCUAUGCCUGCCUAUGAUCUGGAUACCCCUUUGAAUCAGACUGACACAACUGUGACAAUCAUGUUAAAGCCAGCACAGAGCAGAGGAGCGCCUGUCAGUGUCUAUCAGAUUGUGGUGGAGGAAGAACGACCUCGUAGGGCAAAAAAGGCUACUGAAAUCCUUAAGUGUUACCCAGUACCUAUUCACUUCCAGAAUGCGACCCUUCUGAAUUCUGCUUACUACUUUGCAGCAGAGUUCCCACAGACCAGUCUCCACGCAGCUCAGCCUUUCACCAUAGGAGACAACCGAACCUACAGUGGAUACUGGAAUGUUCCUCUUCUUCCAAACAAAAGCUACAGCAUUCAUUUUCAGGCUGUUAGCAGGGCAAAUGAGGAAACCAAAAUUGAUUGUGUUCUGGUGGCCAGCAAAGCUGCGAUAAUUGCGACUCAGCUUACAACACCAUACAUACGCAUCGCCCCUGCUGCAGGCGACAGCCAACUAACAGGAGCUACAACUCAUAAAACAGAUACAGCAGAACCUAGGAAGCCAUCGGACCACACUGUCAAAAUUGCUGGAUUCAUUGCUGGGAUGCUUCUGUUCGUGAUCAUUUUACUAGGGGUUAUAUUAUUCAUGAAGAAAAGAAAACUGUCAAAAAAGAGGAAAGAGACUUUGAACAGUACCCGUCAGGAGAUGACUGUAAUGGUGAGCUCUAUGGAUAAAAGUUACACCGAACAAGGCACCAACUGUGAUGAGGCUUUUUCCUUCAUGGAGAAUCACAACAUAAAUGGCAGACAGGAUCCCAGAACAGAUCUCUGCCCUGCAGAUCCUUCACUGAAGAUAACUAAAGUGGAUGUAGAUGCUGUGUCAUCACCGUCUUCCUUCACCAUGAAAACAAGUACCCUCAGCACAACAGUACCUACCUCCUAUUAUCCAGAUCCAUUUGUCCCAACUGCAAUCUUAGUGCCAAUAAAUGAUGAGAACCACUCGAUUAUCAGCGACUCGAGCAGUCUUGCCCAAUCACACACCUACAAAAAGAGAGAUCCUGCAGAUGUUCCAUACCAGACAGGACAGCUUCAUCCAGCAAUCCGUGUAGCAGACCUGCUACAACAUAUCACACAGAUGAAGUGUGCGGAAGGUUAUGGGUUCAAAGAGGAAUAUGAGAGUUUCUUUGAAGGACAGGCUGCACCAUGGGAUGUCGCUAAGAAAGAUGAAAACAGAAUGAAGAACAGAUAUGGCAACAUCAUCGCAUAUGACCAUUCCCGUGUACGACUUCAGCCAUUAGAAGGGGAUCCACACUCUGAUUACAUUAAUGGAAAUUAUGUGGAUGGUUACCAUCGCCCUAAUCAUUACAUUGCUACACAAGGUCCAAUGCAAGAAACAGCGUAUGACUUUUGGCGAAUGAUAUGGCAGGAAAAUAUCGCCAGUAUCGUCAUGGUGACAAAUCUGGUAGAAGUGGGAAGGGUCAAGUGCUGCAAAUACUGGCCAGACGAGAUGGAGAUUUACAAAGACAUUAAAGUCACUUUAAUAGAGACAGAACUGCUGGCUGAAUAUGUGAUCCGUACAUUUGCAGUUGAAAAGAGAGGAGUCCACGAAAUCCGUGAGAUCCGUCAGUUCCAUUUCACAGGAUGGCCAGACCAUGGAGUUCCUUACCAUGCUACAGGGCUUUUAGGGUUUGUACGCAGAGUUAAAUCAAAGAGCCCACCCAAUGCAGGUCCACUGGCAGUCCACUGCAGUGCCGGAGCUGGCAGGACAGGAUGCUUCAUCGUCAUUGACAUCAUGUUGGACAUGGCUGAAAGAGAAGGAGUCGUAGACAUUUACAACUGUGUACGGGAACUUCGAUCAAGAAGAGUUAACAUGGUCCAGACUGAGGAGCAGUAUGUGUUUAUUCAUGAUGCAAUAUUAGAAGCAUGCCUUUGUGGUGAUACGUCUGUCCCAGCAUCCCAGCUCAGGUCGGCAUAUCAGGAGAUGAACAAGCUUGAUCCUCAGACAAACUCAAGCCAAAUAAAAGAAGAGUUUCGGACACUAAAUAUGGUAACUCCUACUCUGCGGGUGGAGGACUGCAGUAUAGCCUUGUUACCCAGAAACCAUGAGAAGAAUCGUUGUAUGGAUGUGCUACCACCAGACAGAUGUCUCCCAUUUCUCAUUACUAUCGAUGGGGAAAGUAGUAACUACAUUAAUGCAGCACUAAUGGAUAGCUACAAACAGCCUUCAGCUUUUAUUGUUACACAGCAUCCCCUUCCGAACACGGUCAAAGAUUUCUGGCGGUUAGUGCUGGACUACCACUGUACGUCGCUGGUGAUGCUAAAUGACGUCGAUCCUGCUCAGCUAUGUCCUCAGUACUGGCCAGAGAAUGGUGUGCAUCGCCAUGGUCCAAUCCAGGUGGAGUUUGUAUCAGCUGACUUAGAAGAGGACAUAAUUAGCCGCAUAUUUCGAAUUUACAAUGCAUCCAGGCCGCAGGAUGGAUAUCGGAUGGUACAGCAGUUUCAGUUUUUAGGGUGGCCCAUGUAUCGAGAUACGCCAGUCUCUAAACGAUCCUUCCUCAAACUUAUCCGACAAGUGGAAAAGUGGCAAGAAGAAUAUAAUGGAGGAGAGGGCCGCACAGUUGUACAUUGUUUAAAUGGAGGGGGGCGCAGUGGGACAUUCUGUGCAAUCAGCAUCAUCUGUGAAAUGCUACGGCACCAAAGGGCAGUCGAUGUAUUCCAUGCUGUGAAAACACUAAGAAACAAUAAGCCUAACAUGGUGGACCUGCUGGAACAGUACAAAUUCUGCUACGAAGUAGCUUUGGAGAACUUGAAUUAUGGCCGAUUGCCAGACAGAAGCACACAUUCCAUCCUGUCCCAAGAAUCGAACGUGACACUACAUGAUUUCUGCAUCAAUGACAUGAAGAAAACAUAAUGUUGUUAUGUUUCUGUCUUAAAUGGCUCUUUUUUUGGAGCUCUAUGAACUAUUUGAAGGACAAAAACUGCUUGCACUGCUCAUUCUUCACAUUAAUGCUGCCGUCACCUUGGAGACGGUGCAGCUGUGGGACAUCAAUGUCAUGUCAAAGCAUUGACUCUGCAGAACAUCAUAACUAGAUGGUAAAUUGAGAGCACAAAUUACUUUCUUAUGAAGAAACUUGUAUCUUUUUAAAUAAGUCGUUACCUGUGACUUUAUGUUUAUCAAUGCUAUUUUUGUUGGAUGCUUAUUGUACAUUUUUGUUCUAUGGAAAUGCAAUAUGAAUCAUUAUAAAAGAGAUUUAGCUAUAUUUGUAUCUUUAUUAUAUGAUAUGUGCACACACAAUGAAGUAUAAAUAACAUGAACUAAAGAGACUAACAGUGUAAUAGCAUUAUAUUUGUCAAAGCUGUAGCUUAUUUUAUCAGUAUAUUGUUAAUGCUCAUGGAAACAGAAAAAAAGCUUUGAAGAAAUCAUUAUAUAGCUAAGCAAAUUUAUGACUGACCCCAAAAGGCCAAAGCUUUUUCAUUUGUUUAUAUUGUAAAUAUAUUUUUUUGAUUUUCAUCAGAUUAUUUAUUCAUUAAAAUCUUUUUGUGAAGCAGA